AAAUUAUGAUCAAUUGAAAUUCUUUCAAAUUUGAUGUUCAAGAACCUUUAUGGUAAAAAAUGACUGAAGCAUAUACAGUCUGUUUAAAUGGUGAACCAGUGUUGCUUAAGACCUGGAAGAACAGAGAUUUACUUUAUUAACCACUGAUGUUUGUUUAUUCAUUACCCCAUUUAUCAUCAAUGCUUUAUCAUCAAUCAAUUUAUCAAUCAACAUUUUUGUCUUUUUCUACUUCCAUUUACUGCAAGUAAACAAAUCAUUUCAUACUCAUGUAAUUGAACUACAGGAGAAACUUGUUGUUCUUGCGCCUCAAACCACCACACAGCCAUGGUGACGUUUCUACGCCACUAAUGCCUGUUGCUGCAUAUGAAAUACAAACAAGCACCAUAUUUACACACUUUUAUCUCAUCUGAAUGCUAAAUAUCUAUAGUCAAAUUCAUCACAUGUGCUAUAUGAUGAUUAGCAAUCACCACUCUGCCUUAAAGUUAAAACUCAUUUAAUUGUGUAUGUAGUUGUACAUAAAUUCAGGAAGUAAGUUUAUCUUUCCUAUAAUUAACUUUCAUAUGUUAUGGUGAUAAAUAGUCAUUAAGAUGCUGAAAUAAAAUCUUUGCAUGAAAAGUCUGCUCUGGCUUUGUAUUAUACUAUAUUUAUAUAUUUUUUUGUUCUGAUUUCAUGUUGUUAUAAAAAAUUUUGUCUACAAAACAGCCUUACUGGAUACAGAACCCCUGUGACCUCUGACCUUUCUUGUCAAAAUUCUGGCAUUUGUUCCAUUUUCUAUUGGAAACUAGAGAAAAUCAGUCCGUGAAGUAUGAAUAGGGCCCAUUAUAAAAUCCCUUUAAAUGACCCGAAUCUUUAUUCCAUGUAUUGCGUUUAACCCCCAUAGAUUCAUGUCUUACUAGCAGUGCAACAAUAAAUUAUCUGUAUGAGAUAAUCUGGUAAGCUGGACCCUCAUUUGAAAUGGUAACAAAACCUGCAGACAUAAAUAAUCAUAAACAUACUCAGAUGGCAUGUAAUGUAAUUAUUUACGACUUUAUUUUCUGAAAACCUUUAAAAAAAAACACUUUAUUUUGAUUCCGACUCAUCAAAAAUGACCCCAGAUCAAAACAAAACUAAAUGAGUGAUUUCAUUUUUCUCCCCCUACAGUUUAAGUAGAAAAUAGAAAAUAGUUUUACAUGUUUUACCCUCAACCGACAUAAAUGAUAAAUUUAUAGAAUAAAAUGCAAUGCAGCUCUGCACAAAGCAUUGCAAGCUAAUCUUGCUACCAGGUUUCCACUCAACCCAAAGGCACGCGGCUCCCCAUCAACUCUCCCCCUCGACUGCUCAUGCGUUAAGCAAUAAAAAACCUCUUCAUGACCCAGGUGACAAAUAUCUUCUAUACUUCUGUCUGGUGCUCGUUGCCCUUUCAAUGCGUCCCUGGCCAACCUGGUACCUGCUUGCACCUGUAGCAGAAGUCACUCUUGCUGACUGGGGUGGCGCAGCAUAAUUCUCUUAUUCCUUGGGCCGGCUCUGGACAGGAGCGGCGUGAUAACUUCAUUAUGAGCAAGCCUUGCAUCCUGACAAAUAUCGGCUGUGUAGGUGCCUCUUAUGGAGACUUUUGCCCCUUCUCAAGGAGUCUAAACAGUAAUGCACUGAUCAACGCUGGCAUCAUUAUAGUCGGUAUUAUUAAGAGGAGGUGGUGUUGGUGGGGGUUGGGGGGGUGAUGGUGGCGGUGCAAAAAAAAAAAAAAAAUCAAUACAGGAUACCUUUUGCAGCGGUAGUGAAAACGAGAGAGAGGUGGGAAAGGAGGGGCGGUGGUGAGGUGCUUAGGCGGGUGUGGGAGGCGGGAGGAGGGAGGGAUUGAAGGAGAGAGGAGGGGAGGUGCGGAGGCUGGGGGUGGUGAUGUGUGAGUAGUAGCGGCUCCUCUCUCGCCUCAAUGUUGCGGCCAGCCUGGUGGCAGAUCGCUACAAUCCUGGAGGGGAGCCGGGUCGAGUGAGCUAUCUGGGGGUUCCCAAAUUAUAACGGGAGGGGGACAAAAAAAAAAGAGACAGGCAAAAAUCAAAAAAGAGAGAAAAAAAGAUUUUAAAAAAAACAAACAAACAAAAAACAAAAAAACAAAGACACACAGGCGGAUGGACGGAGAUAUAGGCAAGUGUUCCGAUAAGACGCGGCACCAUGGUCGGAUUCUAGAAUAGCAACGCCGUCUUGUGUUUUUAUUUAUUUAUUUUUUUGGUUUCUUUUCAGUUCGUGGGGGAUUUCCGUUUUUAGUAUUUAUUUAUUUAGAUGUUUAUUUAUUUAUCUAUCGAUUGAUUGCGUUUUAAUUACUGCCUUGUGACAGAGAGCGAAGGAGGAGGAGCGUCAGUGCCAUGCGCGCUCGCUGCUGUGUUCUCUGACUCUUGUUUGUUUGUGCCCCCUUUUAUUUACCAUUUCUUUAUACCUAUCUAUUAUUAGAUUUAGGGAGAAAAAAAAACAAAAAACGCUUAAACCGAGCUGUGUUGAAUGCGCGAUCCGGCGCCUUUGCGCGUAUUGGAUGAAUGUAGACGACUAAGGAGCAGCUAAAGACCAAAUAUAUAUAUAUAUAUAUACAAUAGCCCCUUAAAAUGCAUACAUCUUAACAACUCUGCGUGUCUUUUCUUGUCCUGUCUUUGUGUUAUCUCCGAUGGUGUUGUUCUAAGCUGCAAAAGCGAAUACCAAAGCGGCGACGCCACAGGAAUAGGCUCAGCGACUGUUCUCAUGCCUUCUUCACACCUACAGGAACCGCUGAGGAGUGAGAGGGUAAAAUAAGCUCCGGGGGCCUCUAUGUUUACUCAAGGAGAAAGCUUUAACAGAGCAAAGGUAGUAGAAGGAAGGCGCGGGUGCGUCAGCUUUUAUUCUAAGCUUUAAUUCUAAGGGAACUUUCCACGUAGCUGCAGAAGUCGAGCUCCUCUCUUCCCCGUCUGCGUGUUAGUUACUCAAGGGACCACCCUACGUCUAUAUAAAUAUAUAUCUAUAUAUAAAUGCUCUAUGCACAUUUAGGCUACACCAAAACUCUAAUGCAUCACACGUGUACAUUAAAAAAAAAGUGCGCAACCGAGGCUACAUGUGCACACAUCUAACUGCGAAUGUUGUGAGCUCUACAAACCAAAUAUUCAUCCAAAGCUGUCUGCCAGAGAAGAGCCAGAAGCAUCAGAGGAGGACAGAGCUUGUCACCCAGCUUGUGUCAGAUUAUUUGCAUCCAAACGAGAAGCAGGAGGAAGAAGAAGAUCAUGUUUGUUCCCUUGCCGGUGCCGUUCGUCUUUCAGAGAACUGCCCCUGACCUCAGCGCCUGGCGUCUCAAGUCCCCUCUGGCUCUCCGCUCCAACUCCGAUAUCAGGAUGUCAAAGCCAGCAGAGGUUGAGAAAGUCGGGGCUGACUCACCGUUAGAAGGCACAGAGUCAGAGCGGAAUGGACCUGAAUCAAAUCACCAGGUUCAUGCGAUGAAAGUCAGCCCCUUUCCUCUCUCACCGAACCUGAACAGCAGCAAGAAUAAGAUGGAUGAGUGCCCAGAAAUGUCUCCAGGCCUUCCUCCCUCUCACGGCCCGACUCCUUCCCAGACAGCCCUACAACACACUCAGCUCAUGCUGACUGGCUCGCAGCUAGCAGGGCUGACAGCUUUAUUGCCAGCGCAGCAACAGCUGCUGCUGCAGCAGGCUCAGGCACAGCUCCUGGCUGCUGCCGUGCAGCAGUCCAAUGCAGCCCAUGCAGCUCAUGCUGCCCAUGCCGCCGCUCAAGCCAAUCAGCAAGCUCAGGCAGCUGCAGCAGCAAAUCAGCAAGCCCAGCAGCAGCAGCAACAGCAGCAGCAGCAACACACAGGACAGACAGGGCAGCAGGCUCAGUCCCAGGGACAGGGACAGAGCACACAGGAGCAAAACACCCAAAGUGUCCCUGUCCCGCCUCCUCCGCCUCAGCUCACUCUCUCCCAGCCUAUCCAGCUCACAGCCCAGGACAUUCAGCAGCUGCUGCAGCUUCAGCAGCUGGUGUUGGUGCCCGGUCACCCGCUUCCGUCUCCAGCCCAGUUUCUCCUCCCGCAGGCACAGCAGAGCCAGCAAGGACUCCUAUCGACACCAAAUCUUAUUCCGCUACCUCAGCAAAACCAAGGGAGCCUCCUGUCUGCUCCAACUAGAAUGGGACUCCAGUCGCAGGUGCAGCGAGACAAGAGCAUAGAUGUGGGCGGAGGAGGAGGCAUGACUACGGUGCCCUCUGUGACCUCUCACCCCGAGGAGCCCAGCGACUUGGAGGAGCUGGAACAGUUUGCCCGCACCUUCAAGCAGAGACGCAUCAAGCUGGGCUUCACGCAGGGAGACGUCGGCCUGGCCAUGGGGAAGCUGUACGGCAACGACUUCAGCCAGACCACCAUCUCUCGCUUCGAGGCGCUCAACCUGAGCUUUAAGAAUAUGUGCAAGCUGAAGCCACUGCUGGAAAAGUGGCUCAACGAUGCAGAGACCAUGUCCAUAGACAGCACCCUGCCCAGUCCCAGCUCCCUGUCCUCUCCGUCUAUGGGCUUCGAUGGCGUUCCUGGUCGCAGGAGAAAGAAGAGAACCAGCAUUGAGACGAACGUACGUGUGGCCCUGGAGCGUGCAUUCCUGACGAACCAGAAGCCUACCUCGGAGGAGAUCCUGCUGAUUGCGGAGCAGCUGAACAUGGAGAAGGAGGUGAUCCGGGUUUGGUUCUGCAACCGCCGGCAGAAAGAGAAGCGCAUCAACCCAACCAGUGCCACCCCUCCGCUGCCCAGCCAGCCCCCCACUGCCCCACAAACGCACAAGCCGCCCUGCUACAGCCCUCAUAUGAUGUCCAGCCAGCUGUCGCAGGCCGUGACCAGUCUCAGCAGCACAACGGUGACCACCAUGUCCUCCAUUUGUCCCCUGACCUCCAGCCUCACUUCCACUCACCCCUCUCUCACCUCAGCCCACCCCCCUCUGAGCUCCACACCCUCCCCAGCGACUCCUCCACCUCCUCCCCGCAGCACAGCCAGCCCUGCCACUCCCAGCCACAGUACACUCAACCUAAACACAGGCUUGUGGCGUAUGGGUAAAAAGAACGGCGAAAUGUCCAACUACAUCACUGACUUUGCUGCAAACUUGAGGAACACUGUGAUGGGAGUUAACACGGGGAUGAGCCAAGCCCUCCUCGGUAACAAUCCCCUGGCCACUAUCCAAGCCCUAGCAGCCAGUGGUGGCCAGCUGCCUCUUUCCACUCUUGAGGGCGGCAGCAAGGUGAUGCUCGGGUCGUCUGGGGGUCAAGGAGGCGGGCUUCCCUCCUCCCUCUUCCUCAACCACCCGACCCUCCUUCACAUGGGUCAGAGCCCCGGCGCUGGACUGGUCAGCGCCGCCAUAGCCAAAGUCUCCCAGCCCUCACACUUCCCUUCGGCCAGCAGCAUCAGCCCCACGCCCUGCUCCCCCUCCCCCUGCUCCAGCCCUGCCUCCUCCUGCUCCUCCAGCGAAAUGGCACACAGCCCGUCCUCCCUGGGGGGGCCCAAGAUUGAGUGACCACACCCGGGGGUCAAUCAGAGAGGAGCAGAAAGGAUUAAACAAGAACCUCACCUUUCACACCAAAGCUAUCUCUUUCUCUCUCUUGUGCUCUUCUUUCGUUUUUGUUUUUGUUUUUUUUCCCGGCGUCUCUCUCCGUCUUUCUCUCCAAGUCUUUCGAUGCCAAAAAUACACAGAAUGAAAGAGGAGAGAAGGAGGGAAAGAAGUAAGAGAAGGGAAAAGGAGGAGAAAGAUUGAAACCAAAAAUCUUUAUGUAUCCAGACGGAUGAAACGGAGACAGCAGUGGACAUUUUUCUCUAAAACGUGUGACGUGGCACGUCUCUCUGAAGGAAAACAAACCAAUGACUCUGCAACAAAGAGGUGGAAGAGACGGCACGUCCGAGUGCAUAAACCAAAAAUGACAAAAAGAUAACUUUGACUAUAAGACAAGAAGGAAUGGCAGCGCGGAUAAAAAGAAACAAAGAGGAGAACUAUCCUUUUUUUUUUUUUUUAAAUAAUGUCAUUUUCCAAAAAGCUGCGGAUCUGAAAGAAGAAGAGGCGAUGCGAGGAGGAUACGUUUAAACCAAAAAUUUUACCUGAGGAGGAGCUGGAAGAAUACACAAUGAGACAAAAAAAAAAAAAAAAAAAAAACGACAACCAAACCAAAAUCACAAAUACCAAAAAUACGGAGAGAAAAGCUUUAUUCAAAGGACGUGUAAAUACUGAAGCUAUCCAGGACCAGGACUCUACUGCUACUGCAACAAGCAAACACACAAGCAUACGAAACAUGAAGAACCAGCUCAUCCUGUCACUGACUCAUUCUGUCUCUCACUUCAUGUGUCUCUCACUGAUUUUUUUUUAUAAUUUUGUAAAAUAGUGUUACUUUUUUUGCAUCGUGUGUGUGAGCGUCUGCUAGAAGAGCGUAAAAUUGCAUUCAUUUUUCUAAAGUUCAACUUUUUAACACAUUAUUUUCUAAGUACAGUUUAACAUUAGUUUUUUUUUUUUACUAUUUAUUAGUGCUGUUACACAUUUCAGCUCCUAUUUAUUGUUGUGUGCUACUGUAGUUUUAGCUCUCGUCAUUAUCAUCGCCAUCAUCUUCGUCUGCGUCAUCAUCGUUGCCAUGUAUUUUGUUUGUAACGCGACUCGCCCCGCAGCAGGACAGAUGACGGAAGUGAUCCAGUCCUCACCAAGUGCCGCUAACUCGCAGAUCGAGAUGGCUCACUUUGCUGUAACUUACAGUGCGAAUUCAUUCGUUAGGAACAGGUUGAUGUUUUUAAGUGCUUAUUUAGACUGCCCGACCCUCACUCUUUAAGAUAAAAGUAUUGAAUGUUGUUUCUUUCUCAGUAAAA